AUGCGCCUGCCUCGGGAGCAGGAGCAGGAGCUCUCUAACAACGGUUUUCAUGGCGUCUACACCCUACCAAGAUAUUGGCACGAACGCGGCCUGAGCUCCAUCUUGUUGGCCGGGGCCCUCAACCUCCUCGCCCUCUCCUCCACCGCCGCAUUCUCCACCUUCCUGCUGCUCUUUGUCGACUGGCGAGCGCUGCAUGCCGAGUGCCUGGCACCGCGGGCCGCCGGCGGCGGCGGCGGCGAUUGCGACCUUGCGGCUGUGGCGCUGGACCGCCGGCCGCUGUUGGGACGGGGCGUGGCGUCGGACAUGCUGGCAGUGUCGUACAUUGCCGUAUGCGUGGUGUACCUUGGCUGGACGGCGGCGCAUUACGUGAUGGAUGUACGGGACAUGCGGGAGGUGUCGCACUUCAUGGCCAGCAAGUUGGGCAUUAGCGAGGGCAAGGUGGUCACUAUGACCUGGGCCGAGGUGGUUCAUCGGUUAGUUCUCGUACAACGAACUACUCGGUUGUGCAUCGCGAGAGAUCUGGACGAGCUGCACAUCGUGUCGAGGAUUAUGCGGAAGCUCCUGUUUCCUUACGCCGCUGUCAACUGGCGGCACGAUAAUUACCUGAUCGCGAUGAUCAACCGAAACGUACUGCAGCUGCACCUCCAGCCACCUGCCGACGCACCCCUGGCCGUACAGCGAGUCCUGGGCGCCGUACUGCGGCUUUUUGGUGGCGGGGGGCCCAGCAGGGGGGGUGGGUCGGCAGGCGGCGGCGGUGGCGGCGGCGGCGGUGCUGGCUGCUGUGGCGGGCGCUUGCUGACCAAGACUCUGGAGUGGAACCUGCGGUGGUGCGUGUUGGACCACAUGUUCGAUGACCGGUUCCGAAUACGACCUGAGUUUUCGGAUGUGGCUGCUCUGAAGCGCCGUCUGCGGGCGGUCGCGUGCGCCAAUGUGUUGCUGUCCCCCUUCCUGUUCAUGUUCCUGCUGGCCUACUUCUUCAUGCGCAAUGCGGAGCGGCUCUACCACCACCCGGGGGCGCUGGGCUCCAGGCGCUGGUCGGGACUGGCCCAGUGGAGGAUACGAGAGCUCAAUGAGCUGCCGCACUACCUUCACCACAGUUCCCGUCGUACACGCUGGCGGCACUUGCCCGGUUUCUGGUCUUCGCAACGUGGUGUGGUGGCUGGGUACCAUGACGGUGGUGCUGGCGGCGUGCAGGUUCCCUCCGAGGGGGUGUGGGGUGGAGAGGGGCAGGAGGAGGUGCUGUCGCUGAAUGAAUCGCUAAAUCCUCAAUGUGAAGUACAUGCGCCUGAUCCGCAGUUCGAAAAAGCCGUUCGGAAGACCGAGUACUUGGCAUGUUGUGCCCAUAAGCUAAAUCUGGGCCGGACAACUGAUAAGAAAGGAAACGUGACGUUGGUUUCGGAGGAGCCGGUGGCGUACGACCCGGAGCGCGCCCUUGCUGACGUGGUGUCGUACACUCACUAUCUUCCGCGGCACUGGCGAGGUCGUGCGCACACGGCGGAGGUGCAGUGCGCCUUUCUGUCCAUGUUCCGUCUCAAACUGGGGCUGUUUGUUGAGGAGCUCGCCUCCCUGAUCACCACACCGCUGUUCGUGUCCGCCUUCACGACGCACGUGGAUGGAGUGGGGGACGUCUGCAGCCUGGCACUCUUCGACUUGGCGCGUCACGGCAAUGCAAAAUUCGGCGCGCCCGUACAAGCAGAGAAGGCUUUCCGGAGCCGGCAGGGGAAGCUGGAGAAGUCGUUUUUGACUUUCGUUGCGACCUACCCCACCUGGGAGCCCGGGGAAAUGGGGCGACGUAUGCUGGCGGCGCUGGCAACCAAUGCCGGCGGCGGUGGGGGCGGCAGCGGCGCCGCUGCCACCGCUACGACGGCGGCGGCGGCCGCAGGCGACUCCACGUCAUCGGAUCAGCAUCCGUUGCCGCGCCAAGCUGUCGACCUGUUGACGUACCAUCCGGGUCCGCCGACGGUCUUUCCGUACCAGGCCGCCGCGGAGGCGGGUAAGGCCGCUCACGUAGCGGAGGCGGCGGCGGCGGCGACGGCGCUCAACCGCGGGGUUGCUGCUUCGGAGUUUCGGAGCAGCUCCACUAAAGGCGUCCCGCCGGAAGAAGGCGGUGGAGGUGGGGCGCGGAAGGGUGACACGUACUCGGCGGUGGACGCGUCCGCCGUCGCGACGGCGGCGCCGCCGCCGCCGCCGCGCAUGCCACAGCACGACGCUGGUCCUCGAGGGAUACGGCGGCCGCAGGUGCCGUUGCACCUGCAGCCGUACCACGGCGUUACGUCCUACAUGAGCAAUACCUCCGCCAGCCAGCUAUCCUGGCGGCCGGCGGCGCAAUCGUCAUCGGGUGCAGGUGUCGUACCCGCCGGCGGCAGUCCACCUCCAAGCGUCGCGUCAAGCCAGUUUUCCAACCUGGCAGCGCCGUACAUGCAGUGCUAUCCCGUACCACUGUACUACGCCCAGCAGCAGCAGCUGCGUCACGUCCAGCAGCAGCAGUAUCGGCGGAUGUACGAGCAUUUGAUGUACGGCAGGCCAUCGGCGCCGCUGCGGGACGCCGUUUCUGCGGGUGGGGCACCGCCGCCGGGGCUGCUGCCGACGCCGCUAUCUCCGCCAUACCACGCACCAAGGAUGGCGGGAUCAAGUGCCUCCGUCGCCGGGGGCGGCGGUGCUGCCGCCGCCGCCGCUACUGCCGGCUGGCAGCACCCCUCCCAGCUGCAGCUUUUUGACCCCUCCACGUCAUACUCGGGCAUGUUCCACCCCUUUGCCUUCCACGGCCCACAUCUCGUACCGUUGCCGUAUUCGCCACCCGUACCUGCGCUGCACCCACCUCCACCUCCACACCCACAUCUACAGCACCCCGUCAACCAGUACCAAACGAGGCCAGAAGCGCACAGAGGCGCCGCGUCGGCAGCGCCGUCCGGGAUUGGCGGCGGCGGCGGCGGCGGCGCCACCUUGGCGCAAGGCCGCGUGGCGCCAGCGGCACACGAUGACGAUGACGACAACCCCCUGAGUGGCGGCGGCUUCGUUGAGCUACUUCCGGCGGUGGCGGCGGCGCCGCUGCCGCUGCCGCUGCUGGCACCUGGACCGGCGGUAGCAGCAGUAGCUUCGGCCUUGCGAGCAGAUCCCAGCCUAGGCUUCGGGCCGAUGGAGGAAGCUGACGGCUUUGGCCUCGUUCCGGAGGCCCUGGCGCCGCCGGCGACGGGCGGUGGCGGCGGCGGCGGCGCUGCCUCCAGCUCCGGGUCCUCCUUGGGUCUGAUGCCGCGGCGCUGGGGUUCGUACGGCACUCCAUCCCGGGGGCUGACGGAGCGCUCAGUCGCGCCGCAGGCGGCGGCGACGGCGGCAGUGUUGGGCGACGGCGGCGAAGUGGAGUCCCCGGGCGUUGGCGGUUGGUACGACCGUGACUGCUCGUACCCACAACAACAACAACAACAACAACAGCACCAGCCGCUGCAGCAUAUAGAUGCGCUCACCGCGCAGCUGUCCGCUUUAGAGGAAUCGGAGACGGUCAAACAGGCGUUGACCAUGGUCGCCUACAACCCGCUUGCGCGAAAGGACAAGAAAAAGCUCACAGGAGCCAUCCUGGCCACCGAUAAGGCCGGCCGCAUUAACGAGCGCCCAUUUAAGGACCUGGACUUUGUGGGCCACGGCUGGAUCGGCAAGGAGCAGAAGGCCCUAAGGCGCGAGAAUCAGGAACUCAACUAG